AUGGCAGGCGGCGCAAAAAAACCCAUCAAUAUCUUCCGGCAGAGGAACCUCCCCGAACCAAAAGAGGUCUUCAACUGGCGGUUAUGGUUCGCCGUACUUUCCUUUGGUCUCAUGGGCGCUGCCCGCGGCGUGGAUGAGGGGUUGAUCUCGGGUGCUUUCAACUCGAAGGAUUUCCAACGGACGAUUCAUUUCAGCGAGUACAGCGCGGUCGAACAGACGAACAUCAAGGCGAAUGUGUCGGCGAUGGUGCAGAUAGGGUCCGUCGGAGGUGCUCUAUUUGCGUUUGUGGUUUGUGAUCGCAUCGGUCGGAUUUGGGCCACCCGGCAGCUCUGUGUUUUAUGGAUUGUCGGCAUCGCCAUCUUCAUGGGCGCGAACGGAAACCUGGGUGCGGUCUACGCCGGUCGCUUCAUUGCAGGGCUGGGUGUGGGCCAGACGGUUGUGGUUGGCCCGGUGUAUCUUGCAGAAAUUGCACCCGCGUCUAUCCGGGGGUUGUGUACUUGCGUCUUCACGGGCUUCGUGUAUCUGGGUAUCGUCCUCGCGUACUUUACCAACUACGGCUGUCAGGUCAAUCUGGGCGACAACACACACAAACGAUGGGAGGUCCCAACCAGUCUCCACAUCAUCUUCUCCGGCCUCAUCUUCCUCCUCUCCUUCCUCCAGUACGAGUCGCCGCGGUUCCUGGUCAAGAAAGGUCAAUACGAACAGGCGCUACGCAAUCUCGCGCGCUUGCGGCAUCUGCCUGAGGACCACGAGUACGUGUUGCAGGAGAUCACAGCCAUCGAGCAGUCGCACCAGGCGGAGCUCGAAGCCACCAUGGGCGCGGGCUGGCUCGGCAUGCUCCGGGAGACAUUCCUAAUCCCCAAGAACCUGUACCGGAUAUACCUUGCGGCUAUGUCGCAGAUCCUCUCUCAGUGGUCUGGAGCGGGGUCGAUCACGCUGUACGCGCCGGACCUGUUCAAGCUGCUGGGAAUCACAGGCUCGAACGAGUCGCUGCUGGUCACGGGGGUGUUCGGCAUCAUCAAGCUUGUCGCGGCGAUCUCCUGCGCUCUGUUCCUGGUCGACGUGAUCGGGCGCAAACGUGCGCUGCUCAUCGGGAUCACGCUGCAGGCGAUCGCAAUGAUCUACGUGGCGGGGUUCCUGACGGGCGUGCCCAGCAUGGGGAUCAUGGACGACUUUGUGCUCCCCGCGUCGAAGAAGGGGAUCAGCCGGGGCGCGAUCGCCAUGAUCUACCUGUCCGGGUUCGGGUGGGCGCUGGGUUGGAACUCGAUGCAGUACCUGUUGACGGCGGAGCUGUUCCCGCUGCGGAUCCGGGCGCUGGCAACGUCGAUCACGAUGACGCUGCACUUUGCGAACCAGUACGGGAACUCGCGCGCGGUGCCGAACAUGCUGCUCGCCACGGCGGACGGCGGCAUCACGCCCAAGGGCACGUUCUGGUGCUUUGCGGCGGUGACGAUCGUGGGCGGGCUGUGGGUGCUGGUGAGCAUCCCGGAGACGGCAGGGCGGUCGCUGGAGAGCAUGGACCGGCUGUUCGAGCUGCCGUGGUACAAGAUCGGGUUGUACGGGAACCGGGACGCGGAGCAGCGGGAUCUGGUGCUGUCGGAGAAGGCGCAGGUGGCGGAAGAGACGCGAGCGACGGCGACACAUACGGAGGAUACGAGGGUGUAG